CGGAGAGCUGUGAUUGGCUGAUCCUGAGCCAAUCAGAGGCUUCUGCUCCGAGCCUUCCGUACAUUGGCACAUUCACAUAGAGGAGAGCGCACACAUAGCGGAACACGGGCCCGGUUCCUGUCUGACCAGUUUGGCGGAGUCCCCUUUUCCCGAACGACCCUCAGCAUCUGCCCGCUAACAUCUGUAUACCUGAGGAUCUGCCGGCCCCCCCUCCCUCCCCAGAUGUAGAGGGAGUUGUCAUCUGCAGCAGCCGUGUACACACGAGUUCUGCCUCUUCAUCGCUCCCUCCGUCUGUGCACAGACCCUUGUGCCGUCCCGUGAAGUCGCCCACCAUGCGUGAGUACAAGCUCGUGGUGCUGGGAUCAGGUGGCGUGGGAAAAUCUGCACUGACAGUCCAAUUUGUGCAAGGCAUUUUUGUGGAGAAGUACGACCCCACAAUUGAAGACUCCUACAGAAAGCAAGUUGAGGUCGACGGGCAGCAAUGCAUGCUGGAAAUCCUCGACACGGCUGGAACAGAGCAGUUCACGGCUAUGAGGGACCUGUACAUGAAGAAUGGCCAAGGGUUUGCUUUGGUGUACUCCAUUACAGCGCAGUCGACAUUCAAUGACCUUCAGGACCUCCGGGAACAGAUCCUGCGAGUAAAGGACACAGAGGACGUUCCAAUGAUCCUGGUGGGAAACAAAUGUGACCUGGAGGACGAGCGUGUGGUUGGAAAGGAGCAGGGUCAGAACCUGGCCCGCCAGUGGAACAACUGUGCCUUCUUAGAGUCCUCAGCUAAAUCAAAGAUCAAUGUUAAUGAGAUUUUCUAUGAUCUGGUGAGACAGAUCAACAGAAAAACGCCGAUGGAGAAGAAGACAAAAAAGAAGUCGAGUUGCACACUGCUCUAAACUGCCCGCCCACAGCAGCUCCAGGCCAGAAACGUGUCAUGAUAAACUGUUUCCCAGUGGAUCGUGUCAGCAUUCCAAGUCCUCUCCAGAGCAUUUUAGAAGAAGGCAGAAAGAAAUACUUCACUGAUGGCAGGAGACGGCACAUACUCUCAAGAUGCUCUUCUGCUUUUUAACAGCAAAGAAAUCCACUUUUUUUUUUUUAUCGUCACUGAUGACAACAGUUUUUUGUUUUAUUUGCUGUUCUUUCUUCUCCACAGUGUCUUUCUUUUUUAAUUAUUUGUGUAAAAGAAGAUACCAUGGUUUCAAAUCCAUAUAUGGAAACUUAAAUGUUUUAAAGUAACAUCAAUCUUUGGCAUAAUGUGACUAUGUUUGCAAAAGGAAACCUUGUGUUGAACUUUACAUGCAUUUCUGCACUAACACUGUCAACAAAGAUGCACCAUAGUCCAUGCGUCGCUCCUACUUUCAAGGAUGUGUAUUGAUGGAAUAACAUCUUUCCUAAGUGACUUUGUUUUUUAUUGAGAGCUGCAGGCCUUCCAUAUUUCCCAUAAUAUAUUCUACUUCCAUUUUUGCAUAAUACAGCUAAGGAAAUUAGUAUUUUAUAGACUGAUGGGGGAAAUGGUGUGUUCUGAUCUGUGUCUUGAGGCUGAAAUACAUUGUACUAAACCGACUCUAAUAUUGCUGUCACAGAUGCUUUUCCAGCUUUUAUGAAUGAUUAAAUUUUAGUACAUUUUCA